AUGAACAUUCGCGUGAAGCAAGAGAUUCCGGAAACGUUAAGCGCUCAAAGACUUAAACUAAACGGCGAAGUAUGGACACAGCCCGACUCGGUCAUCGAACUCAGCAGCAGUAGCAGUGUCUCGGACGAGAACAGCAAUGCAAGUACAGCCGUUGCAGGGGAAGGCCCGGAAGGUAGAGUCUCGAAGAAGAGGAAGCUGAACGGCGUUGAUUUUCUACUUCCUCCGGAUGAUCCGGCUCGGUUGGACUCCGAUACUGCGGUGGCAGAGGCUCCGGUGCUGCUUGGAAAGCCGGACCAGGCGGCGAGUAAGAGUGUUCUGUGCAAUCAGUUUUGGAAAGCCGGAGAAUAUGACGGAGGUCCAUCUACUGAUUGGGAUUUAUCUUCAGGUGGUAUGGAUCAUGUAAGGGUUCAUCCAAAAUUUCUACACUCAAAUGCAACGAGUCAUAAAUGGGCUCUUGGAGCUUUUGCGGAACUUCUUGACAACUCUUUGGAUGAGGUCUUCAAUGGAGCUACCCAUGUUAAUGUAGACAUGCUUAAAAGUAUCAAGGAUGUGAAUCAAAUGUUGCUAAUUGAAGAUAACGGUGGUGGGAUGGAUCCUGAUAAAAUGCGUCAGUGCAUGUCUCUUGGAUAUUCAGCAAAAAGCAAAGUAGCGAACACCAUUGGACAAUAUGGUAACGGAUUCAAGACUAGUACCAUGAGGCUUGGUGCAGACGUUAUUGUAUUUUCCCGGUGUUGUGGAAAAGAUGGAAAACACCCCACACAGAGCAUUGGAUUGCUAUCCUACACAUUUUUGACUAGCACAAGAAAGGAAGACAUUGUGGUACCCAUGCUAGAUUAUGAAUGGAAACAACAAGAAUGGAACAAGGUUAUACGAUCUACCGUCGGUGAUUGGUAUAGGAAUUUGGAUACCAUAGUGGAGUGGUCUCCAUUUUCCAGUGAAGCAGACCUGCUUCAUCAGUUCAAUCUGAUGAAAGAUCACGGUACACGGAUUAUUAUAUAUAAUCUCUGGGAGGAUGACCAAGGGUUAUCGGAACUUGAUUUUCUUGGCGAUCUUCAUGAUAUCCAACUCAGAGGUGUUAACCGAGAUGAGAAUAAUAUACAAAUGGCCAAACAGUUUCCCAACUCCAGGCACUUUCUGACAUAUAAACAUUCAUUGAGGAGUUAUGCAUCAAUACUUUAUCUGAGACUUCCUCCUAACUUCAGAAUCAUUUUACGCGGCAAAGAUGUUGAGCACCACAACAUAGUUAAUGAUAUGAUGCUUACUGAGACGGUAACAUAUCGACCAAAUCCCAGUGCCGAGGGAGCCCCUAAGGAUUUGAAUCUUUCUGCUUUGGUGAUAAUUGGUUUUGUGAAAGAUGCCAAACAUCACAUUGAUGUUCAGGGUUUCAAUGUUUAUCACAAGAACCGGCUCAUCAAGCCCUUUUGGAGGCUUUGGAAUUCUACUGGGAGUGAAGGUCGUGGAGUUAUAGGUGUUUUGGAGGCUAAUUUUGUUGAGCCAGCUCAUGAUAAGCAGGGUUUUGAGCGUACAACAGUUCUUGCCCGACUUGAAGCUCGACUAUUACAAAUGCAAAAGAAUUACUGGUACACCAAUUGUCAUAGAAUCGGUUACGCCCCACGACGUGAUAGGAAGAUUAUAAAUCAGACUUUAGCCAAAAAUGCUUUCAAUCAUGAUCCAAAAAAAUCUACUAAAUUGAAUACGAAGAAUCCCGGAUAUGGGAAUAGACAUGUACUGGCACAGUUGAAGCAAGAGAAUUGUGAAUUGAAAAAAAGAUUAGAGAAAUACACAGGAGAGCAUCAAGGUGGAUUGCUUAAUGAUUUGCAGAAAGAAAGAAGCAGCUGCAAAUCACUUGAAAUAGAGCUGACAGCGGCACAGGAAAACAUCGACAAACUGAAUAUUGAACAUGAAAGCCUGAUUAGCAUUUUCUCUGAGGAGAGGGAUCGUAGGGACAAGGAGCAGGAAAACUUGAGAAAGCAGCUAAAGGAUGCAUCUAAUACCAUUCAAGAGUUGCUUGACCAAAUUAUGAUGCUGGAGAAGAUGAAAUCUCCCGAACGUUGAUCGCCCGGUAUCGUUAUUUUCUGGUAACGAAGCACUUUUCUUCUCUUGUCAUGCAAAC